UUUAUGAGUUAACUUGAAGAUGGUGAGGUCCCAACUAAACAGGAACCCAAAAAAAAUCCUACAUCAAUUUUCUCCUCUACAUAUAGAACUAAAGUUUGUGAACACUUCAAAAAAGGCUCGUGUAAUAAAGGCAAUAAGUGUUCUUAUAUGCAUCCCAAAGAGUUACAGAAUGUCACUCGUAUCUGUAAGUAUUACUUAGGGCAAGGAUGCUAAAAUUAACAACAAUGCUAAUAUUCACAUGAUUUAUCAAAAUACUAAUGCAAAUUUUUUUUUGCCAUGAGUCAUUGUAAAGGACAGAAUUGUCGCUUUUCUCAUGACCUUUGGGAAAAUGAAAUUGCUAAACAAUAAUGGGCUGCUGAUAAUGAUCAAUUUUUAAGGGAUUGCUAUUAACGAAGAGUAAUUACAUUAUUUUAUUUUAGGGGACUACUGGUUUGGGACCAGCCUAUGAUGAAUAGUACAAAAUGAAAGUUUUUGAAUAAUAGAAAACUAAUUCAAGUAAGUAUUUAUAUAUUCUUUUAAGACCAGAGAGCAUAUCCUUACUAUCCCAUUAAUUAUAUGGCACCUCAAACUUAAAUCCCAGUAAGCAUUUUAUAACAAAUAUCUCCUCAAAUUCCUUAAGAAAGAACUAAAUUAUCUAUUAAUGAUUUAGAUCCAAUAAGCGAUGAAGAAUAAUAAGGAGACAAAAACAAACAACCAAUUUUAAAUAUCUUUGAAUAACAAAAUGCUUAUUAGUUACCUUAGAUUGGUAUUUCGCCCAUUCCACAAAUUCAACCUUUCCCAAUGAAUACCUAAUACAUUCCAUAAAGGUUAGGUAUGAAUUAAUAAAAUUAAAUUUUUUAUUCCUAAACUGUUCUUCCUAAUUAACCACAAUAAUAGUAGAUGUUUUAAUAACCGCAUUAAUCAUAUUAAUAAGUGAAAUAUUAUUAAUAGACUUAAAUUUUUAUGCCCUAAUAUCAUCAACAGUAACCAUACUAAAUAUCAUAAUAGUAAACACUUAGUGAAGAUUAAAAAGAUUAAAUAUUGCAAUAAUAAUAAUAAUAAUAACAGUAGAAAUAAUCAUAAUUAUAAUAGUUAUAAUAAUCAUAAUAAAUGUAAUAACAACAUCAACAACAAUAAUUUUUGUAAUAGUAAUAAUCAUAAUAAUAAUUAUAAUAAUAAUAACCAAUACAAUAAUAACCAUCAUCAUAAAUAUAAUAAUAAUUAUAAUAAUAAACAUAAUAAUCAUCACAAUAAUAAUAAUAAUUAAUAUCAUCAUAACAAUAAUAAUAAACAUAGCAAUAAUUAUAAUAAUAGACAUAAUAAUAAUAAACAUAAUGCAGUUCAACUAAUAAAGAUAAUAAAGAAAAGUUUAAUUCUAAAUAAUAAAACAAGAAAAGUUCGGAUAAAAAAUUGAAAAAAAUAAACAAAUAAAAAUCUUAAAAAAAAAAAAAUAAAAAAAAGAGAGAAACUAUCAAAUAAAUUAAAGAUAGAUUAAGAAAAUAAAAGAGUAAAAUAAAGACAAUAUAAAUUGCUCCAGAAAUACCUGAGGAAUCGUACAAAGCUGGCCCAAUAAGUAAACAUAUUGGAAUAACAAUAAGAAAGCCUGUACUAUAAUAUUUUUUGGGUUUUUGA